GGUUGUGUGCUUCCUCCUACCCCGGAAGUUCCUCGCGCCUGUGCAUCCUGAGGAGAAGCUGCGUAGUUCAAGCUUGGCUUUUUUUAAAAGUGUGAAAAUGGAGUCUAAGAAGGAGCUAAUUAGUGACCAGCGGUUUUCCCGCAUUACAAAAGACCCAAGAUUUUGGGAAAUGCCAGAAAAAGAUCGCAAAAUCAAAAUUGAUAAAAGAUUUCAGGCCAUGUUUCAUGAUAAAAAAUUCAAGUUGAAGUACACUGUGGAUAAGCGAGGGCGGCCUGUUCAACACAGCUCUACUGAGGACCUGAGACGCUUUUAUGACCUUUCCGAUUCAGAUUUGGAUCUUUCAGAAUCUGACCAAAAAUUAACUAAGAAGAAAUCUCAGAGAGAGAAGGCCAAGCCUAAAGAAAAGAGAGUAUCUGAGAAGUCUGCUGUUGAUAGUAACUCUGGGAAAGAAAGCAAAGGGACAGAUAAAAGUUCCUCAUUGUCAAAACUGGGUAUUUUCAAAAAUGAAGGCCAGAAAAGCAAAUCGUUGAAGUCCAAAAAGACUGUAAAAGGCACACAAGUGACUGAAUUUCAACAAGUAAAGGAUCUUACACCAAAGAAGCAGAACAAGCAAGGCAGAAAGAAUCCUGAGAACCUGAAGACUAUAAAAGAAAAAGCAGUGAAGAUUAGCAGCAUAGACAGUUAUGUAAACCAUAAGAGAAAUGAAUUGGGAAAGGAAGAUUAUUCUUUCAGCAGCCAUAUUAAUGAACAUUGUUUGCAAAAGGAAACUUGUGAAAAUGUGGAGCACUUUGAUCUUGAUGAAUUGGAAUGUAGUGAAGAGACUGAAGAGGAAAGUGAGUCAGAAGAUAGCAGGGAUCUGGAAGAGGAAAGCACCUUGGGAGAGGAAGGAGGAAUGAGAGAAGAAAGUGGUUCAGAAGAUGAAGAAGAAGCAGGAAAUGAAAGUGAGAUAGAUGAAAGCGACAGUGGACCAGAUUUGGCAAGGGGGAAAGGCAAUAUAGAAACCAGCUCUGAUGAUGAUGAAGAGGAGGAGGAUUUGGCUGAGAUAUUUCCAAAGGAGCCUGAAGUUGAACAUGGAUGGGGAGAAUUGGCUAAAGAUGCCCCUCGUGCAGAUGCGAUCACACGUAGAUUGGCAGUUUGCAACAUGGACUGGGAUCGACUGAAAGCUAAGGACCUACUGGCUUUACUUAAUUCAUUUACACCUAAAGGUGGUUUUAUCUUUUCUGUAAAGAUCUAUCCUUCAGAGUUUGGGAAAGAGAGAAUGAAAGAGGAGGAAGUGAAUGGUCCAACUGAACUAUUAAGCCUUCCUGAUGAUGUCACAGAGAAUGACAGCAUUUAUAAGGAAAAACUGAGAGACUAUCAGUUCAAGCGACUGAAGUAUUUCUAUGCGGUUGUAGAGUGUGACACUCCCGAAACAGCCAACAAAAUUUAUGAAGAAUGUGAUGGAUUGGAAUUUGAAAGCAGUUGUUCUUUCGUGGACCUGAGAUUCAUUCCAGAUGAUGUGACAUUUGAUGACGAGCCAAAGGAUGUGGCCUCAGAAGUGGACGCUUAUAAACCAAAGUACUUCACAUCUGCUGCUGUGUCAACUUCAAAGGUAGACAUCACGUGGGAUGAGACAGAUCAUGAGAGAGUGACUUCCCUCAGCCGAACAUUUAAAAAAGAUGAACUUCUGGACAUGGACUUCCAAGCAUACUUGGCUUCAUCAAGUGAGGAAGAGGAGGAAGAACAGCAAGAUUUUGGUGUAAAGCACACAACAGACAGGGAUAAACAUAAGCAACACUCCAAGGAUGAUGAAGAGCAAAUAGCAAAGUACAGAGAACUACUUAGGAGUAUCCAGGAAAAAGAAAAGAAACAUCAAGAAACUGAUAUGGAAAUGGAAAUCAAAUGGGUUCCAGGACUUAAAGAAAGCGCUGAAGAAAUGGUAAGAAACAAGUUGGAAGGGAAGGAUGCGCUGACACCAUGGGAACAGUUUCUGGAUAAGAAGAAAGAGAAAAGGAAACUGAAGAAAAAACAGAAGGCGGCUGCUGAUGAAACACUGACGGAAGAUGAAUGCCCAUCUGAUGUUGAUUUGAAUGACCCAUACUUUGCUGAGGAACUUGGGAAAGCAGGUUCAAAUAAGAAGUCCAAGAAAGAAGAAAAUGCCCAAGAAAAUGAAGAUGACAUGGAAAAGCAUAAGGCCGAAAUGGCUCUGCUGGUGAUGGAUGAUGAGGAAGAUGAAAGGAGACACUUCAAUUACAACAAGAUAGUGGAACAGCAGAACCUGAGCAAAAAGAAAAAGAAACUAUUGGUGAAAAAGAAGGAACUGCUGACAGAUGACUUCCAGGUUAAUGUUGCUGAUGCCAGAUUCCAAGCCAUGUAUACCUCUCAUUUGUUUAAUUUGGAUCCUUCAGAUCCAAACUUUAAGAAAACAAAAGCAGUGGAAAAGAUUUUGGAGGAGAAAGCUCGUCGAAGAGAGCAAGGUUUUGCUGAGGCAGCUGGGGGAGGGAACAAUAUGGCAAAGCCUGCAGCCAAGAAAUCCAUAGAUCCUGCACUGUCAAUGCUAAUCAAGUCUGUCAAGAAUAAAACAGAACAGUUUCAAGCAAGGAAGAAACAGAAAGUCAAAUAAACAGAGCU